AUGUCUCACGCGCCGGUCGGGGGCGCGGGCCUGACGACGGCCAAAGAGCGGCACUAUGCGUACCUUGCAUCGCGCAUGAGCGCCUUGUCAGCGACGCUGCAACAUACUCAGCACUACAUGACGAUCGCGAGCGAGCAGGCGGCGUACAUGAAGGACCUCGGCGUCGGGCAGGCGUCGCUCUUUAUGGCGGCCCUCGACCAGGUGGACCGCGAGAACGAAAAAGCCCAAAACAAGGAUGCGUAG